AUGGUGCAGUCAGAUCAUUCUGCUAGGAGGAAAGUCUGCGGCUGCAUCUGGUCUCACGUCAACAUAGACUUUGCCAGAAUAUUGCUGUUAGGGUUUGUGAUGAUUUUCUAUGCUUUACUGGGGGCCGCUGUCUUCUCUGCCUUUGAGAGACCCUCAGAAAUGGAGGCUCACUGCAGAUGGGACAGACAGCUGGAUGAGUUUGUCCAGGACCACCGGGUUUCUUCAGAGGACCUGCGUGAGCUGCUGGGACACUAUGAGGAGGCCAUUGCUGCUGGGAUUAGAAUGGAUCCUAGGAGACCCCGCUGGGAUUUCUCAGGAGCUUUUUACUUUGUGGCAACUGUGCUCAGUACUAUUGGUUUUGGGAUGGCAGCACCGGCUACCCACAAUGGAAAAAUCUUCCUUAUCUUCUAUGGGCUGAUAGGCUGCGCAACCACCAUGCUAUUCUUCAACCUCUUUCUGGAGCGCAUGAUAACGCUGAUUACAUUCCUCACAAGCAGAUGUCGAAAGCAAAAACAAAGGACAAAGCAGAGUAAAAGACACAUUGUCCCAAAUUUAAACACACAUCCAGAAAAUGGAGACAUCCACGAGGAGUGGAAACCAUCCGUUUACUAUGUUACCCUCAUUCUGGCAGUAGUGGCAUUGCUUGUGAACUUGGGAGCAUCGGGUUUGUAUUCAGCCAUGGAGGAUUGGAGCUAUCUGGAGUCGAUGUACUUCUGCUUUGUGGCUUUUAGUACCAUGGGUUUCGGGGACAUGGUAAGCGGACAGAAGGCCCAUUAUGAAGUACGUUGGGUCUACCAGAUUGCCAACUCUUUAAUGAUCAUCCUUGGCGUCAGCUGCACCUACUCUCUUGUCAGCGUCACCGCUAUCAUCAUCAAACAGAUGUUGAACUGGAUUUUGGCCAAGCUGUUCAGCAUGCACUGCUGUUUCUCCAUCACUGCUCCAAAAGUCAAAGAAGCAGCCAAUCAGCAGAUCCAGAACGCAAGCAGUCAUCAGAGCACUUGCCAUGGGGUCAAGGCCUCUUUCCCCUCCAAGAGCAAGUGUAAGUGUGCCAGCUCUGCAGUAGAAACUGUGUGCCAGAGCCAGGACACAGCAAACAGCGGCCCAAGCUUUGAACACCAAAUCAGACAUUCGGACAGACUGUCAGAGGAUGGUGCAGCAAAAGAGCUCUGCAGUGCUGUCAGCAAGAACCGUCAUCUCUGUGGUGUGCAGGAGGAUGUGAGAACAGUUGCACUGUCAAAUCAGCAGCAGCAAGAGACAAACAUUAAUCCAAGUCCCAUACUGUAACAAAAAUAUUGGUUUUGAGGCAAUAAAAUAAUGUAGAAACUGUCUGAAAACCUGUGACUGUCUGAAAAAAGUGACUUGUUGUAAGUUAUAUUGUUAUGUGAAAUGUGUAAUACAAGAUUAAAAAUUGAAUUUUACUUGGAAAUAAUAAAUGAAAAUGGUUUAAUUUAA